AUGGCGGUUCUCACUCACUUCAACGAAGUGAUCGAGAAGGUGCGGAAGUUCGUGGGUGCCCACCAUCACAUCACAACAGCCUACAGUCCUUGGGCGUACAGGACUGUAGAAGUAGUCAACCGACUAGUGCUGCGCGCCGUGAAGGCGCUGCUCAGCGAAAUGAAGCUGAACGCGGACGAAUGGCCGCAUGUGUUGCCCCUCGUUCAAGGCGCCCUCAACCAUCAGCCGGUGGACCGGCUGGGAGGAAUUGCGCUUGUGACAGCGUUUACCGGCCUGCCAGCCAAGACCGCGCUGGCAGGAUUUGUCCACCCGACGUCCAAGGAAGUUUUCGUCGUGGACUGGCUUGGCGCCGCCCGUCAGAAACAUGUGACGGACCUCCAAGCGGCGCUAGAAGAUGUGCACCACAACGUGGCGGUGCGAAGCGACAAGCGCGUGGACGCCGCGACCGAAAGUCCCAAGUCAAGUUUGCGGGUUGUGGGACAAGCGCGUGGACGCCGCGACCGAAAGUCCCAAGUCAAGUUUGCGGUGACCAGAGUUAUCACAGACUAUGUGAUGGAGACUCAGCAGCUGGUGCCACCGUAUGAAGUUAUGGCCCAUCACGCGUGCCGAUUGAAGAUGUACCACGAAGGUGGUAGAGAGGUGACCGAAGAGAUCGAGGCGCAGAUCGCGUUUGGCGAUGGUGGAUUUCAUGUGGAGCGCCUGGACGAAGCGCGCUGCGUGGAUGGCCAAGACCAAGUUUUGGUGAAGUGGCUUGGCCUCGACGAUGAAGAAUCUUCCUGGGAACCUGGGGCGAAUUUGCUGGACGACAUUCCAGUCGUAUUUCGCAAGUGGGCGGCGGCAAACAAGGAAGUCCCUGCUGUGGCCGCCCUCAUCAAGACACUGGACUUUCCGUAG